AUGGCUGGUUCUCGGCUUCAAGUGAACAAGCCCCACAAGACUAGAUUCGCUUCCAAAUCUUCCCGUAAUCUCCACAAAAUUUCCCAGAAAGACAAGAGUAAAAUUGCAAAAUCCGAGCGCAAUGUUGCCAAAGGAGCCAAAGCUGCUCGCCUGCAGCGUAACAAAAUGAUGAGGGAGCAGAAGAGAGCAGCGGUUUUGAAAGAGAAGAGGGCAUUAUCUGGAUCGAGAAGUCCUCCCCGUGUUGUUGUACUUUUUGGUCUUUCCGCUUCUGUGAACUUGAAUGCCAUUGAAGAAGAUAUUAUGGCAUUGUUGACCGGGGAGGGAAAUAAUACUGUUUUUCCAGCCGUAGCUUCUGUGGAGUACAAGCUGAGAGCCACGGUCUUGAAAGCUCCUCAUGGUGAUAUAUUGACAUGCAUGGAAAUGGCCAAGGUUGCUGAUUUGAUUGCUUUCGUAGCAUCUCCGACCUCUUUAUUUGAAAAUGGUAAUGGUCAUUUUGUUGAUUCAUUUGGAUCUCAAUGCCUUUCCCUGUUCAGAACUCUUGGCCUACCAAGCACUGUGGUGCUGAUCCGUGAUCUACCUAACGAUUUGAAGAAGAAAAAUGACUUGAAGAAAAUGUGCACUUCUAGCCUUGCUUCCGAAUUUCCUGAGGAUUGUGAGUUUUACCUGGCAGACACAAAGGAUGAGUUGCAUAAGUUUAUGCGGCUUUUCAAGGAGCAAAGGCUUACAGUUCCACAUUGGCGAAACCAGCGGCCUUACCUUAUGUCCCAAAAGGUUGAUAUUGUAGCCGACGACAGCAAUUCAGGAAAAUGUACCCUUCUCCUCACUGGAUAUAUACGUGCUCAUGGCUUCUCAGUGAAUCAGCUGGUUCAUGUUGCUGGUGCUGGGGACUUCCAGUUAUCCAAAAUUGAACUUCUUAAGGAUCCGUGUCCUCUGAAUGCAAGGAAAGGAGAGGACUUUAUGGAAUCAGAUGACACGAAUGUACAGGUCUUGCAUUGCUUCACUCCAGAUCUGAUGAAACAAGAGUCUCUACUUGUCGAGAAUGCCCCUGAUCCACUGGCUGGAGAACAGACAUGGCCAACGGAGGCAGAAAUGGAUGAAGCUGAUAAAAACCACAAGGAUAGAAAACAGAAAAAGAAGAAACUUCCCUGGGGCACCUCUGACUACCAGGCUGCUUGGAUUGUGGACGAUUCUGAUGCUGAUGAUGGUGACAGUGAUGAGGAUGGAGAUGAGGGUAUGGUGCUGGAUGAUCUAGAGAGUGGUUUUCCUGUUCAGAAGCAAAAGGACGACUUUGAGCUUGACGAUGACCAGGGUUCCCUAUAUUUGAGAGAAUCCGACGAAGAAACUGAAACUGAUUCUGUGAUGAUGGAAGGCGAUAACUUAACAAAAGAACAGAUAGAGGAACAAAUUCGAAAAAUUAAAGAAGAACAUGCUGAAGAUGAGGAAUUUCCAGAUGAAGUGGAUACCCCACUGGAUAUUCCUGCUCGAAAGCGAUUUGCUAAGUACAGAGGUGUCAAGUCUUUCAGAACAUCUUCAUGGGACCCCAAAGAAUCUCUUCCUCAGGAAUAUGCUAGGGUGUUUGCAUUCGAUAAUUUUACAAGAACACAGAAGCACGUUCUUGCUAGAGCACUUGAUAUGGAGCAAGAUGCCAAUGACUGUAUACCCAUUGGCUCAUAUGCAAGAAUUCAUAUCAAGGAAGUACCAAAUGGUGUUGCAUCAAAGUUAUGCAUGUUGGCCAAGAAAAUGCCAGUCAUAUCCUCUGGUCUUUUGCAGCACGAGUCUAAAAUCUCUGUCCUCCAUUUCAGCAUCAGGAAGCAUGAUACAUAUGAUGCUCCUAUUAAAGCAAAAGAAGAACUCCUAUUCCAUGUUGGCUUUCGGCAGUUUUUAUCGAGGCCAAUUUUUUCUUCAGAUAAUAUCAAUUCUGACAAGCACAAAAUGGAGAGGUUUCUUCAUGCAGGGAGGUUUUCAAUAGCUUCAAUUUACGCUCCAAUUUCCUUUCCUUCUGUUCCUCUAAUUGCUUUGAAGAGUGAGGGAGAAGAUUCACUCCCUGCUGUUGCUGCCGUUGGUUCUUUAAAAAGUAUAGACCCUGAUAGGAUUAUCCUUAAGAAAAUUAUUUUAUCUGGUUACCCUCAACGUGUAUCUAAAAAGAAGGCAACUGUAAGAUAUAUGUUUCACAAUCCAGAGGAUGUGAAAUGGUUCAAGCCGAUCGAAGUUUGGACCAAGUGUGGGCGCCGUGGUCGUAUUAAAGAACCUGUUGGGACACAUGGGGCAAUGAAAUGUGUUUUCAAUGGGGUCCUUCAGCAGCAUGACACUGUCUGCAUGAGUUUAUACAAGCGCAUGUAUCCGAAGUGGCCACAGUAUUGGUUCCCACUUCCAAGUGCUUGUCUAAAUUAG